AUGUUAGAUCCAGCUAAUGAUAUGGCGCCACAGUCUUUCUCCCCCACCAUCUCCUCUCUCUCCUCCUCCGAUCUCGACACUGAGUCGACAGACUCAUUCUUCCCCGACCGGAGCACCUCCCUGGGCUCCCUCAUGGGCGUCACCCUCCAAGCGAUCACUUUCAGGGCCUCGUCCCAGCAUUUCCAGCAGGAGAACCAAGCCUCCGCCAUGAGCGGAGGCCGGAGAUCCGCGAAUCCCACGAGGGGCAGGGCGGAGGCGGCCGAGGUGCGGCAGAGGCGGAGAUGGUGGAGCCUGUGCGGGGACGAUUGCGACGCAGGGAGGGAUUCCCUCGGCCGGUAUUUGGAGGUGGAGAGGAGGAGGUUCGGUGAGAAGGCUGUACAAAUUCAGGAAGAAGCGAGACGAUAA